GCUCAUUUAGUAGACGAGCCGAGCUUUGCACCCCUACACGACAAUAUCCGAAUUCUGGAGGGCAUAAAUUCAACAUCGAUGCAACCACGCAGGCUCGACCUGAGAGGUUAGUGUUUCCGAAUUUUGACGCGUUUUCCAACUGUUCUGGUGAAUAUAGAAUUGAAUACGUUCGAGUUCACGCUUCUUUACUUGUCGGAGUCGCGGAAGUUUCAAAGAAGGCCUCUCUCUCUGUCUCUCUCAUCGUCGAAGGAGAGAGAAUGCCGUGCGGCACGUGCGUUCUCCGCGGGGCACGUCUCGCCGCACUAGCUUCAAUCGCCGGCGCCGUCGUACUCUUCCUCUGCCUCGUCCCCAUCGCCCAUUCCUCCAACGAUUCUCAGGUCAGAUGCAGCAAAACCUGCGUAGCAGAGAACUGCAAUUCUGUUGGAAUUAGGUACGGGAAGUAUUGCGGCGUGGGGUGGAGUGGAUGUCCCGGGGAGAAGCCUUGCGAUGACCUCGACGCUUGCUGCAAGAUUCACGACGAUUGUGUCGAAAAAAAUGGUAUGAUAAAUGUGAAGUGCCAUGAGAAGUUCAAGCGCUGCAUAAAGAAAGUACAAAAAUCUGGAAAGGUUGGCUUCUCUAGAGACUGUCCGUAUGACACAGCUGUGCCAACAAUGGUCCAAGGCAUGGAUAUGGCAAUCUUGCUGAGUCAGUUUGGUGGCUCAAAGCUUGAACUCUGACAGGGUAAAGUAAAUGCCUUCUAUAGAGUGGAUCCCUUAUUCUUUUCUCGAUUCAACGGGAAUAUUCAUGAAGGUGUGUGGAACACCCCGUAUUUUUGCUGAUUCUGCAACUCAUUAACUUGCGAAGGUUCUUUUUUUUUUUGCCAACCUUAUUGUGCUGGCAAUGCAUUUCUUCUGCAAAUAUAAUGAUUUAAAUUGGUCUUCAUGUUA